AAUAUUAGACGAGGAGGAGAAGGCAAAGUAAGGGAGGAUAUGUACCUGUUGUAUUUAUGUGAAUUCCGCCCAAUUUCUACACAGUUUUUCACUUUUGUGGAGACUCUAUAAAAAUAAUCCCUGUAGCCGUCAAAAACUGAUCCAUUCUAGGGUUCGUUUCUGAUUUUGAAUCGGCCCUUGAAAGAGAGAGAAGGAGAAACCCUUGUUUAAGAGAUGGAGAUUAUGAAUGGAUUACAUGCUUCGGACGAAUUGUUGGGGACCUUCAUGCCGAUACUCGUGUACUGGGUGUAUUCAGGGAUUUAUGUCUUGUUGGGUUCGCUGGACGAUUACAGGCUUCAUUCAAAGAAGGACGAGGAUGAGAAAAAUUUGGUGUCCAAGAAGGACGUCGUCAAAGGGGUGCUUCUCCAGCAGGCUGUUCAGGCUGUCGUCGCCACCAUCCUCUUCGCUGUCACAGGAAGUGACAGUGAAUCUGCUCAAGCACAACAAGCUUCCCUCUUUGUUCUCGCCCGACAAUUCUUGGUUGCAAUGAUAGUGCUAGAUACAUGGCAGUACUUUAUGCACCGGUACAUGCAUCACAACAAGUUCUUGUACAGGCACAUCCACUCUCAGCAUCACCGGCUGAUUGUCCCGUAUGCCUUUGGAGCCCUUUACAACCACCCCUUGGAAGGUCUGCUUCUUGACACUGUAGGCGGCGCCUUAGCUUUCCUCGUCUCUGGAAUGUCUCCCCGGGCUUCCAUCUUCUUCUUCUCCUUCGCCACACUCAAGACAGUGGACGAUCACUGUGGGCUAUGGCUGCCGGGAAACCUGUUCCACAUCUUUUUCAGGAACAACUCGGCGUACCACGAUAUCCACCACCAGCUUUAUGGGAACAAGUACAACUUUUCUCAGCCGUUCUUCGUCAUGUGGGACAAGAUUCUUCGCACGCACAUGCCGUAUUCGCUCCAGAAGAGAAGUAAGGGCGGGCUCGAAGCGCGACCGACCAAAGAGUCUAUGGAGUGAGUGCAACCACCUUAUUUUUACCUUGUUUAGUUGUGAAGUGAUUUCAUGACUAUCAAGUAUAUAUAUAUAUAUAUAUAUACCCAUAUAUGAGACGUUUUAAAGUUACCUUGCUUUUUAUUAUAUAUACACAUACAUAUAUAUUGUCCGAGGGAAUGAUGAAGCUUGUCCAUUGAAGACACAAUUUAGCAGACUUUUAUUGUACUGUAUCAUUACCAGAAAUGAAAUAGCUUUCUAAUGUAAAGAUUUGAGACUGCUUGCUUA